UGAUGAUUGAAAAAAAAAUUUGUCACAACAAUUUUAUUUUUUUAUUCAUGUUCAUCAAUGAUUUCUUCAAUUUAAAUUUUAAAUAUUAUGAUUAGAAUCGUUGAAAAACAUCAGUCUGUGAAAAUGAGCUAUCCAUACUUCCUUCUUUUGAAUUAAUUAGUCCCAAUUGCUCCUAAUGAUGGAUAAUUCCAGCUGUUACAAUAUCAACGAUCCAAAUUUCAACGUAGACCUCUAUUAUAAGAAACUGCUCAAAGAAUGCAGCCUAAAACAGUUGAUGGAUAAAGAAAAUGAGAUCGUGAGAGCUGCUUCAACACUACAUUCGGAUAUGCAGACGUUGGUGUAUGAAAACUACAAUAAAUUUAUCUCAGCUACUGAAACCAUCAAGAAGAUGAAAACUGAUUUUAAGAAAAUGGAGAACGAGAUGGAAUUGUUGACAACUAAUAUGAACUCGAUAACAUCUUUCUCUGAUCAAAUAUCUUCUACGUUACAAGGUACUCGAAAACAAGUUUCUGAUCUAUGUUCCAAACACGAUAUGCUGAAAAGACUCCAGUUUCUUUUCAAAUUGCCCAAUCAAUUGAAAAAUCAAGUUCAAGAGAAUAAUUUCAGAAAAGCAGUAGAAGAUUAUAAGCAAGCUCAACAAGUCCUUAUUCAAUAUGGAGAUUUAGAUUCGUUCAGAGGUAUUAGAGAAGACUGCGAUAAAACUGUGAUUGAAUUACGAACCAAACUACAUCGAAAAUUGACUUCGUCGGAUGUUUCUACCAAAGAAUUGACAAAUUGUGUACAACUUCUGAUGGAAUUAGACGAGCCUAUUGAAGAUCUAUCUUCGGAAUUUUUAGAACAGGCGAAUAUCCGUCUUAAAAAACAUUUGGAUGAUUUGGGACAGUUUUCAGAUUGCCAAGACAUGCUAGAAUUUGUAGAUUCAGGAAGCAGCGGAUUCUUGAAUGAAUUAUGUAUCACUGUUGCCACGUAUAACGAUUUAUUCUUGAAAAAUUGUUCUUUUGAAGAUAUAUCUAAAAUUCUAACAACAAAAUGUGACGAUGUCGUUGCUGAAAACAUGGAUCAGUAUUUUGUAGUAAUUCAAAAUCGAAUUGAAUCCGAAAAAGAGGCAGAUGAUAGUGCUAUUAUUGUUAAAGCACUGGAUAAAUUCUGUAGAAAAUUGCAAACUGCGAACGUGCUCACUCCACAUUCCAAUUUCGCCUCCGCUGGAACGGAAAUCGUUAUUAAAGCAGCUAGAAGGCAAUGCAGAUUGCAUCUGAAUGCUUUAAAGAUUUAUUUCAGCGAAUCGAUAGCUAAUGUUAAGCAAACCUUGGCUACAUCUAAAUCAUUACUAGCCCCUAAUGUAAAAACAGAAUCGAAUUCGUCUUCGGAAAGGACCUACGAGAGCCUUUUUUCAGAAUUUUUGACAUGCUUGGUGACCAACGUGAUUGAAAAAAUCAAAGGCAUUUUACAAGAUUUAAUGGUUUUCUUGCAACCGGAAUUAUUAUUUUCGUCGAAGAAUAAUUUUAGAGAAUCAUUCUGCGUUGAUAGUGUCAGAGAAGGUUUGGUCGUUAGUUUUUUACAUCAUUUAAUCGCUACGAUAAAUUCAUUCACAGAAACUGCUAUCCCCCAACAAUUAUUAUUCAUCUUGAGUAAAGUUAGUUUGCAGUAUCACUCGCAAGCAAUUCAUUCAUUGCUCGAUCUAGUCGAUAAAUGGUUCCAUAUCGAUGAAUUCUACAAAACUGUGCAACUCAGCACGGAAACCGAACUAUGUACAGAGAUGUACGCUGUUGCUCAGCGUUUAAUUAACCAUUUUGUAAAAAUGCAAGGCUUAUCUAUAUCUCAAAUGUUACGUAAAUCAGUCGAAACUAGAGAUUGGCUACAUGGCAUGGAGCCCAGAAUGGUUCGACCUGUAAUGAAACGAGUUAUCGAAGAACUAACUAAUACAGAUGCGCAGGUUGGUGUACUUUUUGAAGAAGGCGCAAAAGCUGACCGAAGCAGCGAUUCUAGUCGUAAAACGCAAUCUAGACAUCAUCGCAGCAUAAGUAACUGGUCAUCGUAUACGCCGGCAUCGACGCAUUCCAUUAACGUUAUAAAUAAAUUGUUCUCAGAGCGUAUCGAUAUCUUCGCCCCUGUUCAGUUUUCCAAAGUAUCCAUAAUGACUGGAAUAAUUAAAAUAAGUUUGAAGACAUUACUGGAAUGCGUUCGUUUGAAAACAUUUAGCAGAUAUGGUCUACAACAAGUUCAAGUUGAUACUCAUUAUCUGCAGUUAUAUCUGUGGCGAUUCUUGCACGAUGAGAACUUGAUUAAUUUCUUGCUGGAUGAUAUUUUGGGAAGUGCUGUUCAAAGAUGUCUCGAUCCAGUUUUGAUGGAACCUAGCGUAAUUGAGAUCAUAUGCGAAAGGGGUUAAAUUUCAACGCGUUGAAAACGUAUCGCAUACCUUUAAACUUCGUUAUUUAUUGUGAUUAUUUUUUUAAUGAGAUAAUAUUGUCUUAAAUUUUGUUAGAUUGAGAUUUGAAAUGAAAUGAGUAUGUGAUUAAAAGAAUAAGAUUUCAUAAGUAUUAUAUUGGUGCAAUAAAUAGGUAAUUCACAUU